GUAGCUUAAGAAGAAGAGAGAUUGGACCAGGUACUUUCGAAUGACUUCGUUAGUCGUCCCUAUUAACGGCGUCGUUUCGAUGCUGUUCCUCGUUUUCGCGAGUUGUGGGUUUCUUCCACCUCCUCCCCUCUGAAAAUCAAAUCCUGAUCGGCCUCGGCGCUUUCCUCAGAACUGAAGAGGGUAUUUUUAGUUCAAUGGUUUUUAUGCUGGUGGUCCAGUGUAGCUGGCAGUACUUGUGGCACAGUGAAGUAGUGAAAGUGGAUAUGCUGUGACGAGGCUCCAGAGCCCUCUCGGUGUAGCAGUUGGUAAAUUACAGAUAGAACUUGGGUAUUUGGAAAAAAUUAUAGAGCAAUAAUAUGGGGCGUCUAAAGCUGCAAUCUGGAAUCAAGUCGAUUGAGGAAGAACCUGAAGAUUGUGAAUCUACAUCUUCUAAUAAAGCUGCAUUAGCAUGUAUGAUCAAUUCAGAAGUAGGUGCUGUGUUGGCAGUCAUGAGGAGGAAUGUCAGAUGGGGAGGUCGUUAUAUGUCAGGCGAUGAUCAUCUUGAGCAUUCUCUUAUUCAGUCUUUAAAGGCAUUGCGGAAGCAAAUAUUUUCAUGGCAGCAUCAGUGGCAUACCAUCAACCCAGCUGUGUAUCUCCAGCCAUUUCUGGAUGUAAUUCGAUCUGACGAGACUGGGGCACCAAUUACAGGUGUUGCCUUGUCAUCUGUUUACAAGAUUGUAACUCUUGAUGUCCUUUGUUUGAAUACUGUCAAUGUGGAAGAUGCUAUGCACUUGGUAGUUGAUGCUGUAACUAGCUGCCGAUUUGAGGUAACUGAUCCUGCGUCAGAAGAAUUAGUACUCAUGAAAAUACUUCAAGUUCUUCUGGCUUGCAUGAAAAGUAAAGUGUCAGUUAUGUUGAGUAAUCAGCAUGUUUGCACCAUUGUGAACACUUGUUACCGCAUAGUUCAUCAAGCAGCAACAAAAAGUGAGUUGUUGCAGCGGAUAGCUCGCCAUACAAUGCACGAACUUGUUAGGUGUAUUUUUUCACACCUUCCUGAUGUUGGCAACACCGAACAUGCAUUGGUUAACAGAGGCAGUUCUGUGAAGCUUGAGGGCAGUGGGCAAGAUAAUGAGUAUAACUUUGGAAAUAAACAGUUAGAGAAUGGCAAUGGUGCUUCUGAAUAUGAUGGUCAACCAUCCUCGGUAAGCUUUGCUUCCAAUUCUUCCACAGGUCUGGUAGGUAGUAUGUUGGAUGAAAAUACAGUUGGUGCUGGUAAUGGGAAGGAGGCCACUCCAUAUGAUUUGCAUCUAAUGACAGAACCAUAUGGGGUCCCCUGCAUGGUGGAGAUAUUUCACUUCUUGUGUUCUCUGUUAAAUGUUGUUGAGCACAUGGGAAUGGGUUCUAGAUCAAAUACUAUGGCGUUUGAUGAAGAUUUGCCUCUUUUUGCCCUGGGCUUGAUCAAUUCUGCUAUUGAAUUGGGUGGGCUUUCUAUUCGUAGACACCCCAGGUUACUAAGUCUGAUACAGGAUGAACUAUUUCGUAAUCUGAUGCAGUUUGGCUUGUCAACGAGUCCACUAAUUCUUUCUAUGGUUUGUAGCAUUGUUCUCAAUCUAUAUCAGCAUUUGCGGACUGAACUCAAACUACAACUUGAGGCUUUCUUUUCGUGUGUAAUCCUGAGACUUGCUCAAAGCAAAUAUGGUGCUUCAUACCAGCAGCAAGAAGUUGCUAUGGAGGCUCUAGUCGACUUUUGCAGGCAGAAAACUUUCAUGGUGGAGAUGUAUGCCAACUUAGAUUGUGACAUAACUUGCAGCAAUGUGUUUGAAGACCUUGCUAAUUUGUUGUCAAAGAGUGCAUUUCCUGUGAACUGCCCUUUGUCUGCUAUGCAUAUUCUUGCUUUGGAUGGCCUGAUAGCUGUAAUUCAGGGAAUGGCCGAGAGGAUAGGCAAUGGAUCACUUGGUUCAGAACAGUCUCCAGUAAAUCUUGAGGAAUAUACUCCCUUCUGGAUGGUGAAGUGUGAUAAUUAUAGUGAUCCUAGUGUUUGGGUUCCCUUUGUCUGCCGGAGGAAGUAUAUUAAAAGAAGACUGAUGAUUGGAGCUGAUCAUUUUAACCGGGACCCAAAGAAAGGGCUAGAGUUUCUCCAAGUAACCCAUCUCUUGCCUGACAAACUUGACCCACAAAGUGUUGCUUGCUUUUUCAGGUACACUGCUGGGUUGGAUAAGAAUCUGGUUGGGGAUUUCCUGGGAAACCAUGACGAGUUUUGUGUUCAGGUUCUUCAUGAAUUUGCUGGGACUUUUGAUUUCCAAGACAUGAAUCUGGAUACUGCAUUGCGGCUGUUCUUGGAAACUUUCCGACUGCCUGGAGAAUCACAGAAGAUACAGAGGGUCCUUGAGGCUUUCUCGGAGAGAUAUUAUGAGCAAUCACCCCAGAUUCUAGCUAACAAGGAUGCUGCUCUGUUGUUAUCCUAUUCACUUAUAAUGCUGAACACAGACCAGCACAAUGUACAAGUGAAGAAAAAGAUGACAGAAGAGGAUUUCAUUCGGAAUAAUCGGCACAUUAAUGGAGGAAAUGAUCUCCCUAGAGAUUUCCUGUCUGAGCUGUACCAUUCAAUCUGCAAGAAUGAGAUCCGCACAACUCCAGAGCAGGGUGCUGGUUUCCCUGAAAUGACCCCAAGCCGUUGGAUUGAUCUAAUGCAUAAGUCCAAGAAAACUGCUCCAUUCAUUGUGGCAGAUUCCAGAGCUUUCCUUGACCAUGAUAUGUUUGCUAUAAUGUCUGGUCCAACUAUUGCAGCUAUCUCUGUUGUAUUUGAUCAUGCAGAACACGAAGAAGUUUACCAAACAUGUAUUGACGGCUUUUUAGCUGUUGCAAAAAUCUCAGCCUGCCACCAUCUUGAAGAUGUUCUAGAUGAUUUAGUUGUCUCUCUCUGUAAGUUCACAACUCUCUUGAAUCCAUCACCUGGUGAGGAAUCUGUACAAGCCUUUGGGGAUGACACAAAAGCAAGGAUGGCAACUGUAACAGUUUUCACCAUUGCAAAUAGGUACGGUGACUAUAUUCGAACAGGUUGGAGAAAUAUCCUGGACUGCAUCCUAAGGUUGCACAAGCUUGGUCUUCUUCCCGCUCGUGUUGCCAGUGAUGCGGCAGAUGAUUCAGAGCUUUCUGCUGACCCUGGGCAGGGGAAGCCUAUUACAAAUUCUCUAUCUUCGGCUCAUAUGCCAUCCAUUGGUACUCCUAGACGAUCCUCAGGACUGAUGGGCCGGUUUAGUCAACUUUUAUCCCUUGACACAGAGGAGCCAAGAUCGCAACCAACUGAACAACAACUUGCUGCUCAUCAACGCACCCUCCAGACAAUACAGAAGUGCCACAUUGAUAGCAUUUUUACAGAAAGUAAGUUUCUGCAGUCUGAUUCAUUAUUGCAGCUUGCACGGGCACUCAUCUGGGCUGCAGGGCGACCCCAAAAAGGGAACAGUUCUCCUGAGGAUGAAGACACUGCAGUUUUCUGCCUGGAGUUGCUGAUUGCAAUUACUCUAAACAAUCGAGACAGAAUUAAGCUUCUGUGGCAAGGUGUUUAUGAACACAUAUCUAAUAUAGUCCAGUCUACAGUGAUGCCUUGUGCCCUAGUGGAGAAGGCUGUUUUUGGACUUCUUCGUAUUUGCCAGCGGCUGCUUCCUUAUAAAGAAAACCUGGCUGAUGAACUUUUGAGGUCACUACAGCUGGUACUGAAGCUUGAUGCGCGGGUUGCUGAUGCAUACUGUGAGCAAAUAACUCAGGAAGUCAGUCGCCUUGUGAAAGCAAAUGCCACUCACAUUAGAUCACAAAUGGGUUGGCGCACAAUUACAUCCUUACUUUCCAUCACAGCUCGGCACCCAGAGGCUUCCGAAGCAGGAUUUGAUGCCUUAUUGUUCAUCAUGUCUGAUGGAGCCCACUUGUUGCCUGCCAACUAUGUUCUCUGUGUAGAUGCUGCAAGGCAGUUUUCUGAGUCUCGUGUUGGUCAGGCAGAGCGAUCUGUGCGUGCUCUGGAUCUUAUGGCUGGUUCAGUUGUUUGUUUAUCACACUGGGCCCUGGAAGCUAAGCAAGCAAUGGCGGAGGAGGAGCUUUCAAAAAUGUCUCAGGAUAUUGGGGAGAUGUGGCUGAGGUUGGUGCAGGGGUUGAGAAAAGUUUGUUUGGACCAGAGAGAAGAAGUAAGGAACCAUGCCCUCAUAUCAUUGCAAAGGUGCUUGUCAGGGGUGGAAGGUUUCCAACUUCCCCACAGUUUGUGGUUGCAAUGUUUUGACAUGGUCAUCUUCACAAUGCUUGAUGACUUGCUUGAUAUUGCACAGGGGCACUCCCAGAAAGACUAUAGAAACAUGGAAGGCACACUUAGUCUUGCUAUGAAGCUCCUGUCAAAAGUAUUUUUACAGUUGCUGAAUGAUCUUGCACAGUUAACAACCUUCUGCAAACUAUGGCUGGGUGUUCUCAGCCGGAUGGAAAAAUAUAUGAAGGUGAAGGUCAAAGGGAAGAGAAGCGAGAAGCUCCCAGAACUAGUUCCAGAGCUCCUCAAAAACACAUUGCUUGUAAUGAAGACAAGGGGAGUGCUUGUGCAGAGAAGUGCUCUGGGUGGAGAUAGUUUGUGGGAGCUGACAUGGUUACAUGUGAAUAACAUUGCUCCAACUUUGCAAUCAGAAGUGUUUCCUGAUCAAGGUGUGGAUCAGCCACGUGAUAAGAAGGAUGAAACAGGGAGAAGUCUGGUGUCUGAUGAAAUGGGUUCUGUUCCUUCAAAUGAAACUGUGGUUUCAGAAGGUGGUCGCACGGGAUGAUAACAGACUGUAUGGUAUUUUGUCUGCUUGAAUUGGUCUUGUUAAUGCGUGUUAUUUGACACAUGUGACCAUUGGUGCUGAGUUGUAAUUUUAGGUGCUAUUAUAUGUUACGUAAUAGAAUUUACAGGUGAGAGUGAUGAAGAUUCUUUAAAUCUAGUAUUGAUUGGAGCUGCAAGCUGUGAAUUUGCACCAGAGGAGGGGAGCUUGUUGCUUGUUCAGUAUCUAGACAGGUUGGUCUGCCUAUUCAUACUCCAUAUUCAUCUUCAUUUGGCUCGUGUUAUUUUCUUUUCAACUUUGCCUCAUUGACAGCUUGGUGCACCGUGUUAUCGAGAUUAAAGCUAGAUUUCUCCUCAUCAUGUUUUAGUUCUCUUGGUUUUCUUAAAGGGUUAUUCUGUAGGUGCAGGUUUUUACAUUUCUUGUUUUCUUUUUGUUUUGUUUUUUUUUUUUUUCAAAGGGCUGUCUCUUUCCGUGACUCUGAAAGGGAAGAAAUGGGCUCAUUUCUGUCCCGGGAAUGCUAGUAAUUCCUUUGAUAAUUUUUGUAUUGGCAUGCUCAUCUAUGUACAGAACUCAAAAUUGCAACACUUUUACUUGUUUAGGUAGAGUUUCUUA